GCAAAGCAACCUGCAGACAUGGAGGAGUCCCCUGCCGAGGACUCGAGACUGGACUUCAUAGCGGAGUAUGUGCUGCGGACUCUGAAACUGAAAGAGGACAAAUGGCAGAAGUGCGUGUCCAUCGAGGACAACCGGCAGGUGCUGCAGGAGUUCCUGGAGCGAGCCGAGCAGAGCACUCUGGUGGUGUCUGAGACGGCGUCCGGGCUGCUGCAGCCAGCCGCCGUCUUCCCCGCCAGCUCCAGCAACAAGGCGGUGUACUUUGUCAAACCCAGCAGGACAGCACUGCGGCAGGACUCCAUGAGGGAGGACCUGUUGUACGGGACCUUGUCUCACGCUCCACUGCAUCAGUUUUCUGCUCUAGUUGAGGAGGUCGUGGCCCCACUUUUGUCCAACAGUAGGAACCACUCGGAAUGGCCCCAGGUUGUGUCUCAGGACGUCCGACGCCACGUCCACUCGCUGCAGACCAACGUGUUUGUGGUGUCAGGCCGAGUCCAGGGCCACACGCUGCUGCCUCCCCCUGCAGGCUCCGACAGCGUGGAGACAGAAGAAAGGCAAAGAAGCACAAGGGACACGAAGGGUCACGGAGACGCAUCACUUCAUCCCACAUCGAAAGUCGAGAGGGGGGAAGUAACAGAUAAGAGCAUCAUCCACUCGGUGGAGUCGGCAGUGAUUGGAUGGAGCCAUCAGAUCCGCGCCGUCCUGGAGAAGGACUCCUCCGAGGCUUUGCUGGAGGGCAGGAACCCGACACCGCACACGGAGCUGCUCUUCUGGAAGAACAGAUAUGCAGACCUGGAGUGCAUCCACUCCCAGCUCAAAGCCUCCAAGGUGGAGGCGAUGGCGAUGCUGUUGGAGGCUGUGGAGAGCAGCUAUGCCCCCGCUUUUAUUAACAUGCAACAGGAUGUGCUAGCAGCAAUGGAGGAGGCAAAGGACAUCUGCACCUACCUGAGGCCCCUGCAGCGUCUGUUUGAGGACAUGGAGGACGCACAGUUUCCCGAUGUGAGGCGUCAUAUCGGGCCUCUGAUGCACACGGUGUGCCUGGUCUGGGCCAACUCCAGAUACUACAACACGCCAGCACGCCUCCUGGUUCUGCUGCAGGAAACCUCAAACCUCCUCAUACAGCAGGCCCGGGUGUAUUUAGUCCAAGAGGAGGUUCUGAGAGGAGAAAUUCUAGAAAGUCUCCUGAAGGUGCAGACCAGCUUGGAGAUCCUGCAGCUCUUCAGAAGCACUUAUGAGGACCGGAGGGCCAAUCUAAGCCAGUACCAGAGGAACGGGGUGUUUGUGAGGCCUUGGGACUUUUCCCCACUGUUGGCCUUCUCCGGACUUGAGCGCUUUAUCAAUAGAAUCAGAACCAUUGAGGACAUCCUGUUGACUGCCGUCGACCUGCUGAAGCUCGACAAAUUGGGGAUUGGGGGCGUGCGAGGCCCAGGACUCAGUCAGCAGGUCCAGUUGCUGCACCAAGAGUUUUUAGAAACGUAUCAAAUGUUCACAAAGAAGUCCAACGACUGCUUGGACGUCAACAACAGGGAGUAUGAAGAAGAUGUGAGGGAGUUCAAACUUAAGGUGGACGACACAGACCGACAACUAGGAGCCGUCUUCUGUCAGGCCUUUGACGACGCCCCCGGGCUGGAACACGCCUUCAAGGUUCUGGAUAUGUUUGGGGGCUUGCUGGAGCGACGCCUAGUAGCCGCAGCAGCGCUGGACAGAUACCCGCUCCUUGUCUCCAUGUUUGACAAAGAGCUGGACUGCUGUAAACACCUGUACAACAAGCAGGUCCAAACAGCGGAGGAGCUGGGAUGGAGCCCAGUGAAUAAGAACAUGCCAGCAGUAGCGGGGGGACUGAGAUGGGCCAAGGAGCUCCAGCAGCGCAUCCAGGUCCCCUUCUCCAAAAUGAGACACCUGUCCCCACCCUUGCUGGAGUCUACAGACGGAGCCAGAGUCAUCGCCAAGUACGAGGAAAUGAUGCAACUGCUGGACAGAUACUCCACUGGCCUCUAUAAGGCAUGGACGGCGUCGGUGGGGGAGAGUUCCCGGUUCAACCUCAGCCUUCCAUUAAUCAGCAGGGACCCGGACACUCAACUGAUCUCCGUCAACUUCAAUCCACAGUUGGUAUCUGUGUUGAGGGAAGUGAAGUACUUGGAGGCCACACAAACAGAGGUCGCCAUCCCUGAACCUGCGGUGCAGAUCUACACCACCAGGGGGCAGCUGUGGCAGUACACGGCUAACCUGGAGCUCGCCGCCGGCCGAUACAACAAGGUGAUGAACUCCGUGCUUGGCGUGGAGCAUCCUCUGAUUCAGGGUCAGCUCAGCGACAUCAACGCUCAGCUCAAAAGAGCAGAGGAGAGUCUGACCUGGAACAGCCAAGGUGUUUGGCAGUAUAUUCAGGAGAUGCGAGACUCUAUCUGUGAUCUGGAGAGACGACUCCGGAGGACCAAAGAAAACGUGGAGGAGAUCCAAGCCUGCUUGAGGUCCUGGAACAGCCCCAUGUUUGACAGAAAGGAGGGGAAAAAAGACGCACUGCUCUGUCUGGACGACAGGGCCGAGAGGCUUAACAGGUUUUACAGUCUGAUACGGUCCUCUGGAGAAAAGAUCCACUUCCUUCUAAAGAGCAACCUGCUGCUGUUCAGAUGCGAACCGACCUCUGAGGAGUGGAAAGCCUACGUCGGGUACGUCGACGACAUGGUCGUAGAUGGAUUCUUCAACAGCAUUGAGUGCUCUCUCAAGUUCUUCCUGGAUAACACGGAUCAGAAAGCUGUUGCAGCACCUCUAUUUGAAGCUCAACUGGAUCUGAAGGUUCCUAAUAUGGCGUUCACUCCAUCUCUGGAGUUUGGGGCAGCAGAUGGGUUCUUUGAGCUGGUGGAGAGCCUCAUCAAUGAUGUGUUCAGAAUGUCCUCACUGGUGCCACGGCUUGCCCAGCAUAGUCCCUUCCUACACUACCAGGCUGACAUGGAGAACAUGGCUGACUUGGCUGACAUGCGUCACCUCCUAAUGGACCGCGUGCGGGGCGUCAUGACAACUUGCUGCGAGUUUCGUAACUCUCUGGAGCACUACAGCUACCUGUAUGUGGAUGACAGGAAGGAGUUCAUGCAUCAGUUCCUUCUGUACGGCCACAUGGUCACCAACCAGAAGGUUUCUGGUGAAAACGGCGUCCCUGAGAGCCGACCAACUCUGGAAAACUUUAGAGAGCAGGUGGACAGGUAUGAGGAGAUAUACGAGGAGGUGCAGGGUCUGGAGCCGGGGCAUGUUUUCCUCGGCUGGAUGAGAGUAGAUGGCCGUAGAAUGAAGAGCGCCUUGCUCAACAUCAUCAAAAAGUGGAGCUUAAUGUUCAAACAGCACCUCGUUGACCAUGUAACCAACAGUCUGUUGGAUUUGGAGGAGUUCAUUUGUGUGGCAAAGGCUGGUCUGGGCCAGCAGGUGGAGGAGGGUGACUACAAUGGACUGGUCAGGGUCCUGGGUCACCUGGUGGCUGUUAAGGGAAGACAAAACACUACAGAUGUCAUGUUUGAGCCCCUUCAGCAAACUAUUGCUCUACUAAAGGUUUACGAACAGGAACUGCCUGAUGAGGUGUUCAAACAGCUGGCGGAGCUGCCAGAAAAGUGGGAUAAUGUGAAAAAGCAGGCUGUGUUAGUGAAACAGCAGGUGGCGCCUUUGCAGGCCAUUGAGGUGGCCAGCCUGCGUCGCAGGUGUGCUUCAUUCGAUGUGCAGCAACACACUUACAGGGAGCAUUUUCGCAAGAGUGGGCCCUUCAGGUUUGACGACGCAAAUCCCCACCAGAUGUUGGAUGUCUUCCACCGGCAGAUCCAGGAGAGGGAGGCGGCUAUGGCCUCCCUGGUGGAGUCUGCCGGCCUAUUCGAGGUCACCGUCUCUGGGUACAAACAGCUCGGACAAUGCAGGCGUGAGGUGGGCCUGCUGAAGGAGCUCUGGGACAUGGUCACCGUGGUGGAAUCCAGCAUGGCGGCAUGGAGGAUGACCCCAUGGAGAGACAUCCAAGUGGAGGACAUGGAGCUAGAGUGCAAAAGCUUUUCUAAAGAUAUCCGAGGGCUGGAUAAAGAGGUUCGGUCGUGGGAUGCCUUCACCGGUUUGGACUGCAGGGUAAAGAACCUGCUCACCUCCCUGCGGUCCGUGGCAGAACUCCAGAACCCGGCUAUGCGAGACAGACACUGGCAUCAGCUGAUGGCUGCCACUGGAACCCGCUUCACCAUGGACCAGGAGACCACGCUUGACGACUUGCUGCAGCUAAACCUGCACUGCUUUGAGGAGGAGGUGAGGAGGAUUGUGGACAAGGCUGUGAAAGAGAUGGGAAUGGAAAAAGUCCUCUCUGAGCUCAACUCCACAUGGACAGGUAUGCAGUUCCAGUAUGAGCCCCACCACCGGACCCAGGUGCCUCUGGUGCGCUCAGACCAGGAGCUGAUUGACACGCUGGAAGACAACCAGGUGCAGCUACAGAACCUCAUGUCAUCCAAGUACAUCGGCCACUUCCUGGAUGAAGUGUCAUCAUGGCAGAUCAAGCUUUCUGUGGCCGACUCGGUCAUCUCCAUCUGGUUUGAGGUGCAGCGAGCAUGGACCCACCUGGAAAGCAUCUUCAUUGGCUCAGACGACAUCCGUUCACAGCUGCCAGAGGACUCCAGACGUUUUGAAGGAAUUGAUGCAGCUUUCAAAGAGCUGGCAAACGGCAUGCACCAAACACCCAAUGUAGUGGAUGCCACCAAUAUACCUGGCCUGUUUGGUAAACUGGAGGACAUCAAGAGCAGGCUUUCUUUAUGUGAAAAAGCUCUGGCAGAAUACCUGGACACCAAGCGCCUUGCCUUCCCAAGAUUUUACUUCAUCUCUUCAGCUGAUUUGCUGGACAUCCUGUCUAAUGGGACCAACCCACACCAGGUCCAGAAGCAUCUGUCUAAGCUGUUUGACAACAUGGCUAAGAUGCAAUUUGAAGCAGAUGAAGAGGGGAAUCCUUCUCAGACUGGUCUGGGCAUGUACAGCAAAGAAGGAGAAUAUGUCCCCUUUAAUCAGCCCUGUGACUGCACCGGACAGGUGGAGGUGUGGCUGAACCGGGUUCUGGACCGCAUGCACUCCACGGUUCGACAUGAGAUGACUGAAGCAGUGAUGGCCUAUGAGGACAAACCCAGGGAUCAGUGGCUGUUCGACUAUCCAGCUCAGGUAGCGUUGACCUGCACUCAGAUCUGGUGGACGUUGGACGUCUGCAUGGCGUUUGUCCGUCUAGAGGAGGGCUAUGACAACGCCAUGAAAGAGUACUACAAGAAACAGGUGUCUCAGCUCAACACCCUCAUCUCCAUGCUGAUUGGGCAGCUUUCCCCCGGCGAUCGACAGAAGGUCAUGACCAUCUGCACCAUCGAUGUCCACGCCAGGGACGUGGUGGCCAAGAUGAUUGCUCAGAAGGUGGAGAACUCUCAGGCCUUUGUGUGGCUCUCCCAGCUGAGGCACCGUUGGGAUGAGAAGGAGAAGCAUUGUUUUGCAAACAUUUGCGAUGCCCAGUUUCUCUACUCCUACGAAUAUCUGGGCAACACACCACGAUUAGUCAUCACUCCUCUAACAGACAGAUGCUACAUCACCCUGACCCAGUCCCUGCACCUGACCAUGAGUGGAGCGCCGGCCGGCCCUGCAGGCACAGGGAAGACUGAGACUACCAAAGACUUGGGUAGAGCCCUUGGCAUCAUGGUCUAUGUAUUCAACUGCUCUGAGCAGAUGGACUACAAGUCCUGUGGGAACAUCUACAAAGGCCUGGCUCAGACGGGGGCAUGGGGCUGCUUUGAUGAAUUUAACAGGAUCUCGGUGGAGGUGCUGUCUGUGGUGGCUGUACAGGUUAAAAGUAUCCAGGACGCCAUUCGAGAAAAGAAGCAGAGGUUUAACUUCAUGGGAGAGGAAGUUAAUCUUUGCCCCUCUGUUGGCAUCUUCAUCACAAUGAAUCCAGGCUACGCUGGCAGGACUGAGCUCCCUGAGAACCUCAAGGCUCUGUUCAGACCAUGUGCCAUGGUGGUGCCAGACUUCGAGCUCAUCUGUGAAAUUAUGCUUGUGGCUGAAGGGUUCCUGAAUGCCCGGGUAUUGGCGAGGAAGUUUAUCACCCUCUACACGCUAUGUAAAGAGCUGUUGUCCAAACAGGACCACUACGACUGGGGCCUCCGAGCCAUCAAGUCAGUCCUGGUGGUGGCCGGCUCUUUAAAGAGAGGAGAACCCAGCCGAGCGGAGGACCAGGUGCUGAUGCGAGCUCUGAGAGACUUCAAUAUCCCCAAGAUUGUGACGGAGGACAUGCCUGUGUUCAUGGGGCUGAUAGGAGACCUGUUUCCUUCUCUGGACGUCCCCAGGCAGAGAGACCCAGACUUUGAAAAGCACGUUAAGGACGCCAUUUUGGACUUGAAUUUACAGGCUGAGGAAAAUUUUGUCCUCAAGAUAGUGCAGCUGGAGGAGCUGCUUGCAGUGCGUCACUCGGUGUUUGUGAUCGGGAACGCUGGUACGGGAAAGAGUCAGGUGAUGAGGUCACUCCAACGGACCUAUCAGAAGAUGAAGCGCAGACCUGUUUGGGCCGACCUUAAUCCAAAGGCUGUGACCAAUGAUGAGCUUUUUGGAAUCAUCAAUCCGGCAACCAGGGAGUGGAAAGAUGGCUUGUUCUCCAAUAUAAUGCGUGACCUGGCCAAUGUCACUCACAACGGACCUAAGUGGAUCGUUUUGGACGGAGACAUUGACCCGAUGUGGAUCGAGUCACUCAACACAGUCAUGGAUGAUAACAAGGUGCUGACUCUGGCCAGUAAUGAGCGGAUCCCUCUGAACCCCACCAUGAGGCUGGUGUUUGAGAUCAGCCACCUUUGCACUGCGACCCCGGCUACAGUAUCUCGAGCAGGUAUCCUGUACAUAAACCCGGCAGACCUUGGUUGGAACCCGCCGGUGUCCAGCUGGAUUGAGAGAAGGGAGGUUCAAUCAGAGAAGGCAAACCUGACCAUACUGUUCGACAAGUACCUCCCCUCUUGCCUGGAUGGCCUCAGAUCAAGGUUCAAGAAGAUCAUCCCUAUCCCUGAGCAGAGUAUGGUCCAGAUGCUCUGCUACUUGCUGGAAUGUCUGCUAACUCCAGAAAACACUCCGCUGGACUCUGCCAAGGAACUUUACGAGCUCUAUUUCGUCUUUGCUGCGGUCUGGGCCUUCGGGGGAGCCUUGUUCCAGGACCAGCUGGUGGACUAUAGAGUGGAGUUCAGCAAGUGGUGGGUGGCCAAGUUCAAAACCAUCAAGUUCCCAUCCCAGGGCACCGUGUUUGAUUACUACAUCGACCCGGAGAGCAAGAAGUUUGAACCAUGGUCCAAGAUGGUGCCCAAGUUUGAGAUGGAUUCUGAUACAUCUCUUCAGGCGUGUCUGGUCCACACUACAGAAACCAUUCGAGUUUGUUACUUCAUGGACCGCCUCCUUGAACGUCGGCGGCCUGUCAUGCUGGUCGGGAAUGCCGGGACAGGGAAGUCUGUAGUGGUCGGGGACAAACUGGCAAUGUUGGAUUCAGAGAAAUACAUGAUUAAAAAUGUCCCUUUUAACUAUUACACCACAUCGACUAUGCUCCAAGCUGUGCUGGAAAAACCUCUCGAGAAGAAAGCUGGGCGUAACUACGGUCCCCCAAACGGCAGAAGACUGAUCUACUUCAUAGACGACAUGAAUAUGCCCGAGGUGGAUACAUAUGGAACGGUGCAACCUCACACGCUCAUUCGCCAACACAUGGACUACAACCACUGGUAUGACCGUAGUAAGCUGCUUUUGAAGGAAAUACACAGUGUUCAAUAUGUGUCCUGCAUGAACCCGACGGCCGGCAGCUUCACCAUCAACCCCCGGCUGCAGCGCCACUUCUCUGUCUUCGCCCUGUCCUUUCCUGGAGCCGAGGCUCUGAACACCAUCUACAGCUCCAUCCUGUCUCACCACCUGAGAGGAGAGGGCUUCGCCGGCACACUGCAGAAGAGCUGCCCCACCCUGGUCCAGUUGGCCUUGGCCAUGCACCAGCGGAUCUCCUCCACCUUCCUUCCCACUGCGCUCAAGUUCCACUACAUCUUCAACCUGCGGGACCUUUCCAACAUAUUCCAGGGCCUUCUCUUCUGCACCGCCGAGUGUCUGAGAGCCCCUUCGGACCUGCUGAAAGUCUAUCUGCACGAGUCCAACCGGGUCUACAGGGACAAGCUGGUGGAGGAGGGGGACUUCCAGGCCUUCGAUAAGCUGCAGGCGGACACAGUGACUAAGUUCUACGAGGACGUGGAGGAGACUCUAAAGCAGACCAGGGAGAUGAACCUCUACUGGCAUUUUGCCCAUGGGCUGGGGGAGGCCCGCUACAUGGCCGUGGAGUCCUGGAGCUGCCUUAAUAAAACCCUGCUGGAGGCACUGGACAGCUACAACGAGGUCAACGCCACACUCAACCUGGUCCUGUUUGAGGACGCCAUGGCUCACAUCUGUCGUAUAAACCGAAUCCUUGAGUCUCGGCGGGGGAACGCGCUGCUGGUCGGCGUGGGCGGCAGCGGCAAGCAGAGUCUGACCCGACUGGCUGCCUUCAUCUCCAACCUGGAGGUGUUCCAGAUCACCUUGAGAAAAGGAUACAGUGUGGCCGACCUGAAGAGUGACCUCGCGUCCCUCUACAUGAAAGCCGGCCUGAAGAAUAUUGGCACUGUGUUCCUGAUGACUGACGCCCAAGUUGCAGACGAGAAGUUCCUGGUUCUGAUCAACGACCUGUUGGCAUCGGGAGAGAUUCCUGACCUGUUCCUGGAUGACGAGAUGGAGGACAUCAUUGGCAGGGUGAGGCCAAUGGUUCGCACCUCAGGGUUGAUGGAUUCAAGGGAAAACUGCUGGAGGUUCUUCAUUGACCGGGUUCGCCGACAGCUCAAGGUGUCACUGUGUUUCUCGCCGGUGGGCAGUAAACUGAGGGUUCGCAGCAGGAGGUUUCCUGCACUGGUGAACUGUACAGCGAUCGACUGGUUCCACGAGUGGCCACAGGAGGCGAUGGAGUCGGUCAGCUUCAAGCUCCUCCAGGAGGUGCACCAUAUUGAUCCCCAAGUGAAGGAGUCGGCCAGUAAGUUCAUGGCAUACGUCCAUAUGAGUGUCAAUCAGACGUCACGGGAGUACUUAGCCAACGAGCGCCGCUACAAUUACACCACGCCCAAGUCCUUCCUGGAGCAGAUCAAGUUGUACUGCAGCCUCCUGGGCCAAAAGAGCCAAGACCUCACCACCAAGAUGCAGCGGCUGGAGAACGGCCUGCAGAAGCUUAACAGCACCUCCGCUCAGGUGGAUGACCUCAAGGUCAAGUUGGCUGCUCAGGAAGUGGAACUCAAGCAGAAGAACGAGGACGCUGACAAACUAAUCCAGGUUGUUGGGAUAGAAACUGAGAAGGUGUCCAAGGAGAAGGCAGUCGCUGAUGAGGAAGAGCAAAAGGUGGCGGCCAUUGCUGUGGUGGUCAGCGGCAAACAGAGAGACUGUGAGGAGGACUUGGCGAAGGCUGAACCGGCCCUGCUCGCUGCUCAGGAUGCCCUGAACAUCCUCAAUAAGAACAACCUGACAGAGUUGAAGUCAUUCGGCUCUCCGGUGGUGGCGGUGACCAAUGUCACAGCGGCAGUCAUGGUCCUGACAGCGCCUGGCGGCAAAGUGCCAAAAGAUCGUAGCUGGAAGGCAGCAAAGGUGAUGAUGGCAAAAGUGGACGCGUUCCUGGACUCUCUGAUAAACUUCAACAAGAUUGAGAUCCCAGAGGCUUGUCUCAAAGCUAUUCAGCCGUAUCUGCAGGAUCCUGAGUUCCAGCCAGAACUAGUGGCCUCCAAGUCGAACGCGGCGGCCGGCCUGUGCUCCUGGGUCAUAAACAUUGUCCGGUUCUAUGAGGUGUACUGCGAGGUGGAGCCCAAGCGGCAGGCUCUGAGCAGGGCCAAUGCAGAGCUGGCUGCUGCACAGGAAAAGCUCGCCGCCAUCAAGGGCAAGAUCAAUCACCUUAAUGAGAACCUGGCCACCCUGACAGCCAAGUUUGAGAAAGCCACCGCAGACAAGCUGAAGUGCCAACAGGAAGCAGAGUCAACGGCGCGCACCAUUUCCCUGGCCAACCGCCUGGUGGGGGGUCUAGCUUCAGAGAACGUUCGCUGGGCACAGGCUGUCGAAACUUUCAAGAAACAGGAGAGGACUCUGUGUGGGGACGUCCUCCUCAUCACGGCAUUCAUCUCCUACCUGGGCUACUUCACCAAACGCUACCGGCUCCAGCUCAUGGACAACACCUGGAAGCCCUACCUCAGUCAGCUGGAGGUUCCCAUCCCAGUGACCCCCGACCUCGACCCUCUGACCAUGCUGACAGAUGGUGCCGACAUCGCGGCGUGGCAGAACGAGGGGCUGCCCGCUGACAGGAUGUCCACCGAGAACGCCACAAUUCUCACUUCUUGCCAGCGCUGGCCCCUCAUGGUGGACCCCCAGCUGCAAGGCCUCAAGUGGAUCAAGGCCAAAUACGGCGAGAAUCUACGAGUUAUCCGCAUGGGGCAGAGAGGGUACCUGGAUGCUGUAGAGAGAGCACUGGCAGCCGGUGAUGCAGUUCUGAUAGAGAACUUGGAGGAAACAUCAGAUCCUGUUCUCGGUCCUCUGCUGGGCAGAGAAACCAUUAAAAAGGGCAGGUACAUAAAGAUUGGAGACAAGGAGUGCGAGUACAACCCAAGUUUCCGUCUCAUCCUACACACCAAGCUCGCCAGCCCUCAUUACCAGCCGGAGCUGCAGGCCCAGUGCACCUUGAUAGAUUUCACAGUGACCAGAGCUGGUCUAGAAGACCAGCUGCUGGCCGCUGUGGUCAGCAUGGAGAGACCUGACCUGGAGCAGCUCAAGUCAGACCUGACCAAGCAGCAAAAUGGUUUCAAGAUCACUCUGAAGACGCUGGAGGACAACCUGCUCUCCCGUUUGUCCUCAGCUUCAGGAAAGUUCCUGGGUGACACAGAGGUGGUGGAAAAUCUGGAGAAGACCAAACGCACUGCAGCUGAAAUCCAAGAGAAGGUAAAAGAAGCCAAGGUGACAGAGGCCAAAAUUAACGAGGCUCGGGAGCACUACCGACCGGCAGCUGCACGGGCUUCCUUAUUGUACUUCAUAAUGAACGACCUCAACCAAAUCCACCCCAUGUACCAGUUCUCUCUCAAGUCGUUCAGUGUGGUUUUCCAUAAAGCGGUUCUGAUGGCCGAGCCAGACGAGGAUCUUAAGCGCAAAGUGUCCAACCUGAUUGAGAGCAUCACUUACUCGGCCUUCCAGUACACCAUCAGAGGCCUGUUUGAAUGUGAUAAGCUCACGUACAUCACUCAACUCGCCUUCCAGGUCCUGCUGAUGAAUAAAGAAAUAAAUCCUGAAGAGCUGGACUUUCUUCUGAGAUACCCAGUAAAACCAGAUGUAAUGUCACCAGUGGAUUUCUUAUCCAGCCCGUCUUGGGGAGGGAUUAAGUCACUGUGUUCCAUGGAGGAGUUCAAGAACCUGGACCGAGACAUUGAGGGCUCAGCCAAACGCUGGAAAAAGUUUGUGGAGUCCGAAUGUCCAGAAAAGGAGAAAUUUCCACAGGAGUGGAAGAACAAAACCUCCCUCCAGAGACUGUGCAUGAUGAGGGCCCUGAGGCCUGACCGCAUGACGUACGCUGUCAGAGACUUUGUAGAGGAGAAACUGGGAAGCAAAUAUGUGAUUGGCAGAUCACUCGACUUCGCAGCAUCCUUUGAAGAGUCAGGUCCAGCCACGCCCAUGUUCUUCAUUCUCUCCCCUGGAGUUGACCCUUUGAAGGAUGUGGAGAAACAUGGGAAAAGGCUGGGUUUCACAUUUGACAACAAGAACUUCCAUAAUGUUUCUUUGGGUCAGGGCCAGGAGGUUAUAGCUGAACAAGCCCUCAAAUUGGCAGCUACAAACGGCCACUGGGUGAUAUUACAGAAUAUCCACUUGGUGGCUCGCUGGCUGGGUUCAUUAGAGAAACUUCUUGAGCAUCACGCAGAAGGAAGCCACGAUAACUUCAGGGUGUUUGUCAGCGCAGAACCCUCCUCCACCCCCGAGGGCCACAUCAUACCGCAGGGCAUUCUGGAGAACUCCAUCAAGAUCACCAAUGAACCGCCUACUGGCAUGCAUGCCAACCUGCACAAGGCCCUGGACAACUUUACCCAGGACACACUGGAGAUGUGUGCGCGGGAGAAUGAGUUUAAGAGCAUCUUGUUUGCCCUGUGCUACUUCCACGCGGUGGUGGCAGAGAGAAGGAAGUUUGGUCCUCAGGGCUGGAACAGAUCUUACCCUUUUAACACUGGAGACCUCAUCAUUUCCAUCAAUGUCCUCUACAAUUACUUGGAGGCCAAUACUAAGGUGCCAUACGAUGACCUGCGCUACUUGUUUGGCGAGAUUAUGUACGGGGGUCACAUUACGGACGGCUGGGACCGCCGUUUGUGUCGGACCUAUCUGGAGGAAUUUAUCAGGUGUGAGAUGAUGGAGGGAGAGCUGCACCUGGCACCUGGCUUCCCCUUACCUGGAAACAUGGACUACAACGGCUACCACCAGUACAUUGAUCAAAGCCUUCCUGCCGAGUCACCCCACCUGUACGGCCUUCAUCCCAAUGCUGAGAUUGGCUUCCUCACACAGACCUCUGAGCAGCUCUUUCGCACAGUGCUGGAGAUGCAGCCCAGAGACGGAGGAGUCGGUGAGGGGGGCGCCUCCACACGUGAGGAAAAGGUGCGUGCAGUGCUGGAGGAUAUACUGGAGAAGCUCCCAGAGGACUUCAACAUGGCUGAGCUGCUGGAGAAGGCAGAAGAGAGGACUCCCUACCAGGUGGUGGCGCUGCAGGAGUGCGAGCGCAUGAAUCUCCUUACACAAGAGAUCAGACGCUCGCUCUGCGAACUCAGUCUGGGACUCAAGGGAGAGUUAACCAUGACCAGUGAUAUGGAGAGCCUUCAGAAUGCUAUCUUCCUCAACAUGGUGCCGUUGAGUUGGACGAAGCGGGCUUACCCCUCCAUGUCUGGCAUGGCCCUGUGGUUUACUGACCUGCUGGCCCGGAUCAAGGAGCUGGAGGCCUGGUCAACGGACUUUGUCCUACCUUCUGUGGUGUGGCUGGCUGGCUUCUUCAACCCACAGUCCUUCCUCACAGCCAUCAUGCAGGCCAUGGCUAGAAGGAACGAGUGGCCACUAGACAGGAUGUGUCUGCAGUGUGAUGUCACCAAGAAGAACCGCGAGGACUUCUCUUUACCGCCCCGGGAAGGGGCCUACAUUCACGGACUCUACAUGGAGGGUGCACGCUGGGACACACAGACUGGCAUGAUUGUUGAAGCCCGCCUGAAAGAGCUCUCUCCAACCGUGCCGGUCAUCUUCAUCAAGGCUAUUCCUGUGGACAAACAGGACAUCAGGAAUUCGUACCAGUGUCCUGUCUAUAAAACCCGCCAGCGAGGGGCCACCUAUGUAUGGACCUUCAACCUAAAGACCAAAGAAAAUCAUUCCAAGUGGACUUUAGCUGGGGUGGCUUUGCUGCUGCAGAUCUAGCAUGAGUUGUUGUGUUGAUGGUGCCAACAGGGUCAAUGGUUCAAUUCACUUUGGACCAAAUAUUCCAAAAGGGAGACAAUGCAAUUUUUGAAACAAGAAAUAAUGCAGUCUUCCAGAUAAAUUAAGAUGCAUCCUUACUCAAUGCAGUCAGUGUAAUCUUACUAUUACUAUUACUAUUACUCAUCUUUUCGUGUGCUGUUGUUAGAUAAAGUUGUAUCGCAAAUAAAACAAGACGUAAACACUGUAAA